AAUAACAUCUGGCCUAUAAAUAGAAAAAACUCAAUUUUAAUAUUUUUUUUCCGAUUAACGGAUUCAUUUAAAUUCAAGCAUUAAUUUAUCCAAGGAACAAGUAAAUUAUUUAUUUCGUUUUUCAAAUGGACCGAAAAUUCCUUCCUAUCCUUCGUGUGCCGCUACCUACGGAAGAUGAAGAGCCAAAUAAUAAAAGAUUCAUUGGUGAAAACCGGUUUAAGGAACCUUUGUCAGGAAUUUUAGAAGUUCCAUAUUCAUUGAAGCUCAUCACACCAUCUUUGAUUCAUCACUAUGCAGAUUUGAUUAUGUUCUUGCGGUACGAUGUAAAGAAAUACCCGAAGUUGGCCGUGAUUGAGAACGGACCUUACCCAUACCCAUUCAUCGAGGUGUACAACAUAGAACUGAAAUUAUUAUACGAAAUCGACAUCACGUUCAAGUCGAGAUACCAGCUGAACAAGCUGAUGAGGGACUACGACCAACUGCCCAUCAACUGCCUCGAGAGACUGUGCCCUCCGGACAUGCCGGAACAGCAGCUGCUGAAGAGCGCCAAGAGGAAGGCCCAGCUCAUGGGGAUCGGGAUGUUCCCGUAGGAACGUGUUAAAGGAUUCGAUGCCCUGUGUAUUGUACUGAAAACGGAGUGAUAAAUGUGGAGACCGUGAUAGUAAUAAAUUAAUACCCAACUUGUCUUAAAGCCUCG